UUCGGCGACUUGACGUACGACGUUUAGUUCUACUUUGCGACCCAGCUACCUGUUUAGCUGUUACCACGUAGUUUAUGGUUGGUAGAUCGAUAUGUUCAACAAAAAGCCCCGGAGGAACUUUCGGCAGAGAAAAGGAGACUCCAGUGAUGAGGGAGAAGAGCAGCAGAGCGGGGGAGAUGGAAGGGAGAGCGAAAAAACAGCAGUUGUGGCAAAUAAGCCGUCCAAAGUGGCCCAUGGCCGCGGCAUCUCUUGCAGUUCCAAGCGGGAAUCGACGCCUCCGAAGCCGGGUAGCAGUGACGGAGAGGACGGGGAGAAGCUGGAACUGACAGUGGAGAAAGAAAAGAGGAGGAAAGACAAAGACGAGGUUAAGAAGAAAAAAAACGCUGUCCUCAGUUUCUCUGAGGACAAAGAAGCCUUGGAACCAGAGUUUAGACUGAAGAAGUCAUCUGAUAAAGCUGUGCUGUUCCAAGUAAGGAAGAAGGAGGCUCCACCUGCCAGGAGUACCCACAGUACUGUACCAGCCGGUGGAGGUGUCCCACAAUCUGGUUCUCCCAGGCAAGAUUAUGGCAGCCAGGCUUCACCACGUAGUCUUCGCCAUAGUGAUGAUGACGACGAUGAUGAUGAUGAUGAUGAUGAUGAUGAUAAUGAAGGUGGUUCCAGGUCUCCCUCAUCUAGCUCAGUCUCCAGCUACUCUGCUACUAAACCAGCUGUUAUCCCUAAUUCUAAGGACAUUGAGGCAGCCAGGAGGCAGCGUCGUGCCGCACGAGCCCAGAAAGAGUUCUUGCCCCUGAGUAAAGAUGGCCAGAGCUCCGCAGGCAGCACCCCAGAUCACUACAGCAGGGAGGGUGAUGACGAUGAAGACAGAAUUGACGAUGACGAUGAUGAGCCAGACGAUCAUGAGAGAAGAAUCGAGUUCGCCCCACGAUUAAAAAGCAUCAGAGAGAGGAUUGCUGAGAAACUUGGAGGAAGUGAUGGCAGUCUGUCAGGAUCUGAUGAAGAGGAGCAGGAACUUUGGGAGGAGACACAAAUUGGGAAGGGUGUCAAGAGACGACCAGGCGGACAAAGUCCUUCUGGCAGUGAAUCCAGCAGCUAUAGCAGCUACAGCAGCAGCAGCAGUAGCAACAGGCGAAGCAGACAAAGACAAAAGAAGAAAUCAGCAGGGGCCAGGAUCCCAGAGACACUUCCUUCCAUCACUGUCUCAAUGGUGAAGAAGAGGAUCACCGGAAAACUGGACUCCCUGAAGGAGGUGCACAGAGCGCGGCGAGCUGAGCUGAGCAGGAUGGAGGGUGAUGUUGAAAACGCUAGAAGCUCUGCAGAGAUUCUGGAGGAAAGUUCCUCAGAGAGCCAGCUCAGGUUUUACAGGUCCAUGACCCUCUAUGCCCACAACUUGGUGGAGUGUCUACGGGAGAAGGUUGUUGAGAUCAACUCAUUGGAACUGGAGCUGCACACUCUGCUGUCUGACCAGAUGGAGGCGCUGUUGGCUCAGAGACGACAGAAGAUCAAGGAGCAGGCUGAGUGCCUGCAGCAGCUCAGUUAUCGUACAGAUGAGCAAAGCAGAAGCUCUCCCAAUGGAGCAGAGACUCAAGGCGAGACAGACAUUGGUGUUAAAACUGAGGAAGACUCUGAUAUACCUGAAGACACACAGCCUUCAGCAGAGGAGGAAGAGCAGCUGCAGAAGCAGAAAGCUGAUAUCAUGUUGAAGUCCCAGGCAGUGUUUUCUGACGUCCAGGACGAGUUCUGUGACGUGAAAAAGAUUCUGUCUCACUUUGAAGAAUGGAGAGGAUCCUAUUCUGACUCGUACCAAAAUGCCUACAUCGCUCUGUGUCUGCCCAAGUUGCUGAACCCCAUCAUAAGACAUCAGCUGCUGGCGUGGAACCCUCUGAAGGAUGCUAGCGGCGACUUUGAAAACCUCCCAUGGUUCACAGCGGUGGAGACCUUUUGUCACGGACACGGUCAUGAGGAGCUAGAGCACACAGACAGACAGACGCUGUCUAAUGUCAUAGAAAAGACUGUCCUACCCAAAAUAACAGCCUUCGUGGAGCUGGUGUGGGAUCCCAUGUCUCUCCAUCAGUCAGUCUGUCUAACUGAUGUUUGUCACAGACUCAGGGAGGACUAUUCAAUCUUUGAAGGAGAGCAGAGCAAACCAGUCAAGGCACUCAUAGAGGCUGUGGUUGGCAGACUGAGGAGCUGUGUAGAUGAAGAUAUCUUCAUCCCCCUCUACCCCAAAAAAUUCCUAGAAGACAGGUCUUCUCCUCAGAGAUGCUUCAGGGACCAACAGUUCUGGACGGCCAUAAAACUACUAGGUAACAUGGGGAAAUGGGAUUUGCUGCUUCCUGAGUCUGUUUUGAUGGAACUGAUGUUGGACAAACUGCUGAACCGAUACCUGAUGAUCACCCUGUGCAGUCAGACACUGUCCAGUAAUGAUGUUCAUGCAUGCAAAAAGAUAGCAGAUAGUCUGCCGCUCUCAUGGUUGAGAGGAGAGGACGUCUGUUUGUCUCAGCUCCAGUCUUUCAGAAACCACUUAGUUCAAAAAGUUCAUACCAUCUGCAAACAGCAGCCUCCUGAAGAUCCGAACACCAGGUCUGCUGUGGUUGAAGUGCUGCAGGUUCUGAGUAGAAUCAGGUGCCAUGACUCUAUCAUGGCUAUAGCAGAGAAAUACCACUACGAAGAUGUCAUCUACUCUCACCAGCUGCUGAAUCAAGAUACAGUAUGAACAAUAAACUCGGUGGGUGUGAAGGUGGAUCAAACACCAAACGUAGUACGGAACUGGGUGAGCUUUGCCUUCUGUAAGAAGGAAUAGUCAUCCAGUUCUGGGUUGUCCAAUUUGUCUGGUGCAUUGGAUGCAAUGUACCUACAUUCACUUAUGGUUAGUGAAAAACUAACUAAUUUCCAUUGCCCCGCUUCAAUAUCUGCAGUUGUUGAACUAAAUCACUCAGGGGAAAGAAAAUGAACUAUAUGGGCAAAGAUGUCAUCAUUGUGUUGUGCUAGUCAGACCAGCACUUUGGCCAUUACACACUUUCAGGUCAGAGAUGAAGUAAAACUAACAAUAGAUUAAAAACAUAUGGAUUAAUUCCACAAUGCAGAAUGUAUUCACAUACAAUACUACUCGUGAUGUACAGCUACUGUAAUAUGACAACAAAUCACCUCUAAAUUACUACCAGCAAACUGCCAACAGAAAUUGUGUGGGGUAAAGAACUGACCUCUCUGUGAUCAUUGUUUAGCCAUAAACAAUUUGCUGUCUUUUUGUACAGGAGAUAAAUGUAUUUUUAUGAAUAAAUAUGUGAAUUUCAUAAAUAUA